AAUCGGACACGUGCAUCCUACGAAGCUGCCCAAUAGGGAAGCGGGAGCGGUUUUAAAGGGAAUCGCGGCGGCCAGAGGCAGCAGUUGCUGGUUUUGCUCAGGCGAGAGCUGGUCUGUGAGCGGAGUUGCGAGUGCGUGUGGCUGCCCCCACUGCUCCCCGUGCCCAUGGCGCUCCCGGUGACACGCCGUGCCGCUCUCACUAGAGGGAUGGAGAAUGCUGUGACUGACCUUAAAAGUAAAGCCAAAACUCACAUUCCCGGCAAAAGGGCUGCUUUGGAAGAAAUAGGAAAUAAAGUUGUCACAAGAGGAACACAUAUAGCUAAGAAAACAGAACCCUCCAAAGCAUCCCUGAAGCCUACAGAAGGACCUAGUAAAAUGACAAAAGUAACUGUACCGCCUAAACCUCCAGCGGCUGUGAAUCGAGCAUUCAAAGAAAUUGAUGUUCCAAAGGUUCUGUCUCCUGUCCCUAUGGAUGUAUCUAUGCAAGAGGAGGAUUUGUGCCAAGCCUUCUCUGAUGUAUUGCUCAACAAUAUAGAAGACAUCGAUGCUGAGGAUGGGGGGAAUCCCCAGCUGUGCAGUGACUAUGUAAAAGAUAUCUACCUGUAUCUGAAGGAUCUUGAGUUGCAGCAAUCGAUCCGCCCACACUACCUUGACGGGAAGACCCUCAAUGGGCGUAUGCGUGCAAUUUUAGUUGACUGGCUUGUCCAGGUCCACUCAAGAUUCCAGCUUUUGCAGGAAACGCUGUAUAUGUGUGUUGCAGUUAUGGAUCGCUUCUUACAGAGUCACCCAGUACCUCGUAAGAGGCUUCAGCUGGUGGGUGUAACAGCACUGCUUCUGGCUUCUAAAUAUGAAGAGCUGUUCUGCCCUACUGUAGCAGACUUGGUUUACAUUACUGACAAUUCCUAUACCAGUGAUGAAAUUAAAGAAAUGGAGAUUGUGAUGCUUAAAGGGUUAAACUUCGAUUUGGGACGACCUCUUCCGAUUCACUUUUUAAGAAGAGCAUCAAAAGCUGGGGAGGCUGACGCUAAGCAACAUACACUAGCAAAAUACCUAAUGGAGCUGACGCUGACAGACUAUGACAUGGUUCACCAUCGUCCUUCAGAGGUUGCAGCUGCUGCAAUAUGCUUGUCCCAAAAGCUUCUGGGACAUAAUGAAUGGGGUACAAAGCAGCAGUACUACACUGGGUAUACAGAAGACAGUCUUGUGAUGACUAUGAAACAUAUGGCCAAGAAUGUGGUCAAAGUAAAUGAGAAACUAACAAAAUACACAGCUAUAAAGAACAAAUAUGCAAGUAGCAAACUACUGAGGAUCAGCACAAUCCCUCAACUGCGCGGCGGGAUAAUCGAAGACCUGGCUUCAUCACUCUUAUCAUAACCCUGGGCAGCCAAGUCCUAAUGGUAUAUGCACUUCAUCCUCGCUUGUUGGGGCAAAACUACUGCUCUUUGUACAUAGCAUUCCAGCCUUACCACAGACUCAUCAGACUCAGAAGGUGAAAUUUUAAACUUGCUUUGUGAUUCAAGUCUCUACCUAAAAAUAAAGCUCUUUUUUUUUUUUUUUUUUUUUAAGGAAAAAUGAGAAAAAGAAAAAAAAAAGGAAAAAAAAAGAAAAAUAAAAUAAAAAAAUAGUAGUACUGUGACUGUGAAUCUUAAAGACAACUGCUUAGACAUGUCUGCAGUCUAAUGUCAGAACUGGACAUUUGACUAAAUAGGUGAUUGAUGCAACUUGCAGUGAGAUGUGGACGAUUAUUCUCAGUGGUUGUUUCUGAUUAAAGUCUUCAGGCUUUAUACUGGGUUAUUUUAGUAACUUAAGAAAGCAUGAGCAGACAGUUUGUCUGUUAUUGGUGUACCUUAAAGGACACAAAAUAUGUACUUUAUUUCAGUGCCUUGUCCCAAAGAAGUAUACAGGAAUUUCCUUUUUUUUGUAGUUUGCCUUAAGUUUGGGGCGAGUGGGCUGGCUGUGACAGAUAUUAGCCUGGUACAUCUUUGUGUUUAGGUGAACACAGGACAAUGUGUUCUCUGUCUUUGUGUACCUAAACAAAGGGAGCUAAGGUAAGAAAACAGUAAAUCUCCUGUGAUGCUAACCAUUGUAUGCAAGGGAUGUGGGUGUGGAACUAUAGGGAUGAGAUCUUUCAAACCAUCUCAGCUCUUAAAACCUGUUCCACUUCUUAGACAAAAUAACCCAUAGCUUCUCAUUGCCUGCUCACUCACACACAUCCCAAAAAUAAAUCUCUCUACCUGAUUGAAUACAGUCAAAGCCACCAUAAUCAGAUUCUUCCUUAUCACGUAACAUUUUGAUUUCCUUUGUUUCUAAUAAACAUUGUUAUGCAUAUGGUCAA